UUAGUACCUUUAUUUUCAAAAAACAUUUAAUUAAACCCUUGCUCAUUUUUACUCAAAAUCUAAAGAAUGUUUGCAAUCGGCUUGCUCGCCACAAUACUCGCAAUUCUACUUAUUUGUGCCAUCCGUCCAAUAGCCGCACCAGCUAGUCCACUUACCACUGAAGAGCUCAGAUUUUUAUGCCCAGAAGAGAGGGAUUUUUGCCAUGAACAUUCUAAACAAGGAUUUUGUUAUGGCAAAUCAAUCAAGGCCAAACUCUUAGCUAAGCAAUGCAAAUGCAGUUGCGCAAAUGCACAUCACAGACGAAUACAAAACUGCUGCAGGACUGUAGGAGAUCAUGACAUGAGGUUCUGUCUUCCGUUGUGUGGAUAUAAUACAACAGCUAAUGAUCUCGGGAGUGGUUUAGGAUUAAAAUGCAUAACUCAAUUGACAAUUUGGACAUAUUGUGCUGCAGAUGCCAAUGACAAUACUGAGUGCUGUAAACGAAAAGGCGUUCCGUCCGAAUGUGCCAGUUUUUGUAGAGGAGAUGUGCCAACAUGUGAUAUGAGUUCAAUUUUCUCAUACCAGGUAUAG